AUGAUUGUGAUGAGGAAGGUGUUGGUGUGUGAAGGGACAGGACAGGGCGACACCCACGAACUUGUCCGGGAAGUGGGGCCAGGUGUGGAGGUGGAGAUGGUGGUUGGAGCACGUGUGAUCGAGGAAGCCAUGUUGGUCCACGUUAUGGCGGUAAAGCGUAAAACAAAGGGCGAUGAUGGGGUCCCUACCAUUGAUGUUUGA